GUGGUGUGCUCAGAUUUUUCUAGUAGACUUGGAGCUUUGGAGCAUUUAUUGGGUUUUAGUUUUGCUCGUUUUAGUGCACGGAUAUUGGCAUUUAUUAAUUUUAAAUAGAUAAUUUCGAAUCUUUUUGGAAGACCAAAACAAUAAAACAAUAUGCUUCGUUUACCACUCAGACUUGCUCGUACUAACAUCCACCGCCAGUUGACGAUCCGCGGAUUUGCCAAAGAUGUUAAAUUUGGUCCAGAGGUAAGAGCUCUGAUGUUGCAAGGUGUUGAUGUUCUGGCUGAUGCUGUGGCAGUUACUAUGGGUCCAAAAGGUCGGAAUGUUAUCAUUGAGCAAUCAUGGGGCUCACCAAAAAUAACUAAGGAUGGCGUAACUGUCGCCAAAUCCAUCGAGUUGAAAGAUAAAUUCCAAAAUAUUGGCGCCAAACUUGUUCAAGAUGUUGCUAAUAACACAAAUGAGGAGGCUGGUGACGGCACAACCACAGCAACGGUAUUAGCACGAGCUAUUGCAAAAGAAGGAUUUGAAAAGAUCUCCAAAGGAGCUAAUCCAGUAGAGAUUCGUCGUGGUGUUAUGCUUGCCGUAGACACUGUUAAAGAUCAUUUAAAAGCAAUGUCUCGUCCAGUUAAUACCCCCGAAGAGAUUGCACAAGUAGCAACCAUAUCUGCUAAUGGAGACAAAGAUGUUGGAGACCUCAUUAGCGAAGCCAUGAAGAAAGUUGGUCGUGACGGUGUUAUCACAGUUAAAGAUGGCAAAACUCUUUCAGACGAAUUGGAAGUAAUUGAGGGCAUGAAAUUCGAUAGAGGUUACAUUUCCCCCUAUUUCAUCAAUUCAUCUAAGGGUGCUAAAGUCGAAUUCCAAGAUGCAUUACUUCUUCUCUCCGAAAAGAAAAUUUCCUCAGUUCAAAGUAUUAUUCCCGCUCUUGAAUUAGCUAAUUCCCAACGUAAACCUUUGGUUAUAAUUGCUGAAGAUAUUGAUGGCGAAGCACUAAGCACACUUGUAGUAAACCGACUUAAGAUAGGUUUGCAGGUUGCAGCGGUCAAGGCACCCGGAUUUGGUGAUAACCGUAAGUCUACACUUACUGAUAUGGCUAUUGCAUCAGGUGGCAUUGUUUUUGGGGAUGACGCAAAUUUGGUUAAGUUGGAAGAUGUACAGCUAAAUGAUCUUGGAAAAGUUGGAGAGGUUGUCAUUACCAAGGAUGACACUUUGUUGCUCAAAGGCAAGGGCACAAAGGAAGAUAUUGGUCGUCGCGUGGACCAAAUCAAAGACCAAAUUAAUGAAACCACUUCUGAAUAUGAAAAGGAAAAAUUACAGGAACGUUUAGCUCGUUUAGCUUCUGGUGUGGCUUUGUUGCGUGUAGGCGGCUCAAGUGAAGUAGAAGUAAACGAAAAGAAGGAUCGUGUUAAUGAUGCCCUUAACGCCACACGCGCUGCAGUAGAAGAGGGAAUAGUUCCUGGAGGCGGCACUGCUCUUCUGAGAUGUAUUCCAGUAUUGGAAGGCCUCAAAGGAGCUAACGAGGACCAAAAUAUGGGAAUUGAAAUUGUUCGCCGUUCUCUUCGAAUGCCUUGCAUGACUAUCGCUAAAAACGCUGGCGUUGAUGGUGCAAUGGUUGUAGCUAAGGUUGAAACAAAGGAUGGAGACUUUGGUUAUGACGCACUCAAGGCAGAAUAUGGAAAUUUAAUUGAAAAGGGUAUUAUUGACCCAACAAAGGUGGUUCGCACGGCUAUCACUGAUGCUUCUGGUGUGGCUUCUCUUCUGACUACAGCUGAAGCCGUCGUGACUGAGAUUCCAAAGGAGGAGGCUGCUCCUGGUCUUGGUGGAAUGGGCGGAAUGGGAGGAAUGGGUGGAAUGGGAGGAAUGAUGUAAAAUAUCUUCUAUGUUAAUCAUUUCCAUUGUUAAAUAUGUUUAAAUUUUACAUGUUAUAUAUGUAAAUUAAUGAGAUACAAUUAGUAGCUUUAAACACUUACAAAUUAUAAAUUAGUUUCAUCGAACUGGUGCUGUUUUGACUGUAUAACACCAAAAACGGUGCCUCUGAUCAUUUUUAAACGAGUAUGCACAGCGGGAAACGAUACUACUGUAGUCUAAUCGCACUAACGCCCAAAUAAAUCGUUGAAAUACAUACAGUUCUGUCAAAUGAUAA